CCACCUUCGGGGGCGGUGCCUGGCCCGGGGAGUGUCAGGAAGAGGAAGAGCGCGGCCGGCGGCGCUGCGCUGCGAGCAGGGGCCCGGUCAAGGCGAGUGCCGUGCGGGCCACCAUGGCCACGGACGAGCUGGCCACCAAGCUGAGCCGGCGGCUGCAGAUGGAGGGCGAGGGCGGCGGCGAGACCCCGGAGCAACCCGGGCUGAACGGGGCGGCGGCGGCGGCGGCGGGGGCGCCCGACGAGGCGGCCGAGGCGCUGGGCAGCGCGGACUGCGAGCUGAGCGCCAAGCUGCUGCGGCGCGCCGACCUCAACCAGGGCAUCGGCGAGCCCCAGUCGCCCAGCCGCCGCGUCUUCAACCCCUACACUGAGUUCAAGGAGUUCUCCAGGAAGCAGAUCAAGGACAUGGAGAAGAUGUUCAAGCAGUAUGAUGCUGGGCGGGACGGCUUCGAUCGACCCAUGGAGCUAAAGCUCAUGAUGGAGAAACUUGGGGCCCCUCAGACCUACCUGGGCCUGAACAUGAUCAAGGAGGUGGAUGAGGACUUUGACAGCAAGCUGAGCUUCCGGGAGUUCCUCCUGAUCUCUCGCAAGGCAGCGGUCGGGGAGCUUCAGGAGGACAGCGGUUGUGCGUGCUGGCCCGCCUCCGAGAGAUCGAGCCGCCUCCAGUGAGGGCGCUAAGGGGCCAAGAGCUUCUUUGAGGCCGGCGUCCAGGCCAUCAACGUGUCCAGCCGCUUCGAGGAGGAGAUCAAGGCGGAGCAGGAGGAACGGAAGAAGCAGGCGGAGGAGAUGAAGCAGCGGAAAGCGGCCUCUUCAAGGAGCUGCAGUCCACGCCAUAGCGGGGCUGCACCGACCGCCCUGCUCCGGCCCCAGCGUGAUGUCCACCGCCUUGUCACCAGCGACCUGCCUGUCAUGCUCCACAUGGGGGACUGGACAGGCAGCUGCCCAGUCCACGCCACCGCUCCGGUUCGGCCACACAGCUUCCACGUGCUGCUGACAUACCGCUCCUCAGCCUCGGCGUCCACUCUGGCGGCACUUGAGAGCUCCUUCAGCCCGCCACAGCACGGGGAGCUCCUCACUGGGCUGGCUGAGGCCGGGAGUCGCCUCUGCUUGGGCGGGCAGUGGAGGAGAGGCGCGGGCGGAACUGAGGCUGGCUGCGUGUGGCGCCGCGGGCCGGUGCGAGUUCCAGCAGGCGCAGGCGCGGCGCUGGCUCCGCGGCCCCGCACGGAGCGGCCGCCAGCCGCACCACAGGCCCUGGACAGUGAGGGGCUUGGCACCCGGGCCAGCAGCUGCGGAGGUUGCGCCAGAUCCCCCCUCAGCAGUGCCGGUCCAGGCUAUCAACGCGGUUCAGCCGCUUCAAGGAGAUCGGGCGCGGAGCAGGAGGAACGGAAGUUGAAGGAAGCGGAGGAGAUGAAGCAGCGAAAGCGCCUUCAAGGAGCUGCAGUCCACGCGGCGAGCGGGCUGCAUUGA